AAAGCGGCGGCUUUGGACGAGGCUGAGAAUACGUACUGGCGCGAGUUCCACGCGUUUAAGAAGAAUUUAAACGCGCACUUAGAAAAAAGAGAUUCCAUCGUGGCGCGAACGGAGCAAGCGCAAACGCAUCUCGAACGUUUGGAAAAGACGAACGUGUUCAACGAUGCGUUUCACAUCUGGCGCGACGGUGCGUUUGGCACGAUUAAUGGCUUUCGUCUCGGGCGUCUCCCCGCGCCUGUGGUGGAAUGGGAAGAAAUCAAUACUGCGUUUGGGCUGGUGUGUUUGCUGUUGCACUCCAUGGCGCGCAUUUGCAAGUUUACGUUUACGCAAUACACGCUCAAGCCGAUGGGUAGCUUUCCCAAAGUGUGCGACGCCAAGGGUAACGUGUUCGAACUUUUCGGGCCGGUGUCUAUCAUAUCGUCUCAUAAGUACGACAAAGCAGUUAUAGGAUUUCUCACCUGCCUCUCCGAGUUAGCUGAAUUCAUGCGGGCGAGAGAUGUACGCCAGGGCGUGAAUCCACCGUUUGAACUGCCGUACCCAAUUUCUGGCGACAAGGUGGACGGAAAAAAGAUGACGUUUACGUUUAAUCGAGACGAGAACUGGACGCAAGCGCUUCAACUGAUGCUAACGGACUUGAAGCUUAUGCUCGCGUGGCUA